AAUCGGCUUCUUAUACAUUUUGAUUAUCGGUACAAUGAAGUUUCAGGAUCUGUGUGAAUACCUUAAGAAACUCUGUGUUUAUAGUCUAUAUUUAACUAAUUUACAACGAUACGCAUGACGAGUAGUGAUAUUGGGUAUCUUGACGAGUAGUGAUAUUGGGUAUCUUGAUAUGCCAUAAAUUUUCAGAUAUCACCCUUAAAGAAGUCGGCUACUUAUACCUUUUAAUGGCAGGUAACCUGAAAUUUCAGGUUUUUUGCAAAUAUCUUAAGGAAUGCUGUGUUUGUAUUAGAUAUCUGACUAACUUACAACUACCCACGUGAUGGGGAGUUAUAUUAGGUAUCUUAAUAUGCCAUUGAAUUUCAGAUAUCACCUUUAAAGAAGUCAGCUACUUAUACCUUUUGAUUGGAGGUAAUUUGAAAUUCCAAGUUUUUCGUAAAUAUCUUAAGGCACUCUGUGUUUGUAUUAGAUAUCUCAUUAAUUUACCAAUAUUCACGUGAAGAGGAGUGGUAUUACAUAUCUUGAUACGCCAUCAAUUUUCAGAUAUCACACUUAAUGAAGUCAGCUACUUACACCGUUUGAUUCCUGGUAACCUGAAAUUUCAAGAUUUUCGUAUAUAUCUUUUAGGAACUCUGUGUUUAUAUUAGAUAUCUGAAAAUUGAUGGCAUAUCAAAAUACCUAAUACCACUCCAUUUCACAUGGAUAGUUGUAAAUUAGUCAGAUAUCUAAUACAAACAAAGAGUUCCUUAAGAUAUCUACGAAAAUCUUGAAAUUCUAGGUUACCAGGAAUCAAAAAGUAUAAGUAGCUCACUUCCUUAAGGGUGAUAUCUGAAAAUUGAUGGCAUAUCAAUAUACCUAAUACCAUCCCUUUGCUAAAACCUUGAAAUUUCAGGUUACCUGCAAUCAAAAGGUAUACGUAGCUGACUUCCUUAAUGGUGAUAUCUGAAAAUUGAUGAUGUAUUAAUAUACUUGAUAUCACUCCUUGUCAUAUGUAAGAUGAUAAAUUAAUGAGAUAUCUAAUACAAAGUUUCUUAAGAUAUGUACAAAAUAUCUGAAAAUUGAUGGCAUAUCAAGAUACCUAAUAUUAGUAUUCUUCACGUGGAUAAUUGUAAAUUAGUAAGAUAUCUAUUACAAACUUUCUGGUUUAAAGGUAAACAACUCAAAAACAAAAAUUGUUUGGAUCGGAUCUAAACAGUUUUCAAAUCAGGUCUUUCAUCACACUAGAUGGAAACUUGACUGGGGUUCAACAACUUUCAAUUUAUUAGGUAUUAACUUUUCAGUAGACUUACAAUAAAUUACAGAUUUAAACUACAACACACGGAUUCCUAAAAUAAAGAGCAUGCUACAACAUUGGAAAAGGCGAGUUCUAACACCAAUUGGUCGUGUUACAGUGGUUAAAACAUUAAUUAUUCCGAAAAUAAACCAUUUAUUUCUAUCACUAUCAACACCGAAAAAGGAGAUAAUUAAUUAAUUGAGUAAAGAUAUUUUUGAAUUUAUUUGGAAUGGAAAAUGCGACAAAGUAAAACGUUCUAUUGUAACUCAAGACCACCAUCAUGGAGGUCUAAAAAUGGUGGACAUCAACAAUUUUAUCAUGUCUUUAAAAUGUUCAUGGUUGAAAAGGUUAUUGAUGGGAAAUAAAUCCUGGGUAGAUAUUUUUGAAACAAUUAAUGGUCAUGAUUUUGUUCACAAAUUACUUGAUUUUGGAGAUGCGUUUAUCUCUGAAUGUGUCAUUCCAGAAAACAAUAUUUUUUGGCAAGAUGUUUUUAAUUCUAUAUUCCAUGUAAUAAAAUCCUUUGACAAAAAUUUCUACAAGGAAACCUAUCCCAGCAUUCCUGUGUGGUAUAAUUCAAAUAUUAGAGUGGGUAUGAAAACACUGUUUAUCAAAAGCUGGUAUAAAAAAGGUGUAAAACUCAUAGACGAUUUCCUAGGUGACAAAGGGAAUCUUUUAUCACAUAACCUUUUUCAACAUAAAUUUGAUAUCCAGGUUUGUAUAUUACAAUAUAACAGUGUAUUGAGUGCAAUAUCAACUCAUCUGAAAUUUAUUCCACCUUUCAAUUCCUUUUCAAUAAGUGUAUUUCUUUUGAUUCUUUCCCUGCUAUUACAUACGAAAUUAAAUAUCUUUCUGUUCAGUUGCUUAAAUAUUUCAUCAGGCGGAUUGGGAAUUAUCGACGCAUUGUAUUGCAAUUUAGAAAUAAUGAGAUUAUUGAUUAUUUCUUUUUUACCAAAAAUUGUUAAAUAUCUUUUCCCCCAGUUAUCGAGUAUGCUAAUAAUUUGAUUAAUUUUUCCUAUCCAAUUUUUUUCUUGACACAACAUUUUGUUAUGUCCUAUAAAUAUACCAAGUGUUUUAACUGGAUUAUUUGUUGUAAUUACAUUUUCAAUCUUUUCACAUGUGUUUUUUAAAGAACCUAGCAAUAUACAUUCUGAUUUCCUUAGAUUAAGCUUUGGACCUGCGACUCCAGAGAAUUGUUUUACUGUUUUAAUUACUUGUUUUACUCAUUGCACGUCCUUUAGGGGACUUGUGGAAUCAUCUGCAUGUUGUAUAAUUUUUAUCUCUUUGUUAAUUCCAAUUUCAAAACCAUGUAUUAUGUCAGAAGAUCUAAUUCUUGUAGCUAACAUCUCUACUGUGAUGAUGAACAGUAAUGCUGAUAUUGGACAUCCUUGACGAAUACCUCUAGUCAUUUUACAAGUUUUAGAUAUGUAACCGUUAUUUUUUACUCUAAAUAAAGGUUGAUUGUAUAAGGUUGUAAUCCAGUUGAUAAAAUUUGUUCCAAAAUUUAAAGCUUUUAAAGUUUCAAUCAUAAAACUCCAUUCUACGGUAUCAAAGGCUUUUUCGAAAUCUAAAAAUAAUAAAAUGCCAUCUUCGUUAUGAUCUUCACAGUAGUCAAAAAUAUCUUGAAUUAAUCGAGCAUUAUUCCCAAUAUAUCUGCCUUUAAUAUAUGCUGAUUGGUCUAAAUUUAUAAGUUUUGAUAUGACUGUUUGUAAACGUUUAGCCAAAAGAAAUGCAAGAAUUUUAUAAUCGCAAUUUGUUAGGCUAAUUGGUCUAUAAUUUCUAACAUUUGACACUCACUAAAAGCGUCUUGGAUUGCACGUCUGCUAAGUACUAAAUCCAGUCUCUUAACAUUUCUUGAACAUAAAUUUCAAAAAGAAAAUCUAUCGCUGAGGUAUAUAAUUAAAACAAACUUAAGAGAUGUAAAAGAAUAUAAAGAUAUGACAUUUCUGCCGUUGUUCUAUAAAGAAGUAAUUUGCGCUUUUAACAAAACCAAAAUGAUUAAAGAUAUCUCUAUGACUACUUCGGAUGAAUUCUUAUCUUUACCAAUUUGGAAAAAUAACCUAUUUCAGUUCAAAAACCAUCCAAUUUAUUUUCCAAAUUGGGUCAAGUCAGGAGUUCUAUACACCAAAGAUUUAUAUGAUAACAAUGGUGUAUUUAGAGAUUUAAAAUAUUUUCAAGAUUUAAUCUCUCAUAGAAACAAUAUUAUCUGUGAAUACUAUAUUUUAAAAACAGUUUUCAACCGCUUUACUCGUAUAUUUGACUGCAAAAAAGCUCCCUAUAUUAAUAUUAAAGACAACAUGCAUGUAUUAUUUAAAGGAAAUAACUUUGUAAAUAUAUUGAAUAUCAAAUCAUCUUUCUUCUAUAACAUAUUAGUUGAUAACAAGUUCAUUAAAUCAAUCACAGAAAACUUUUGGACGGAAAAGUUUGACAUUCCGAAAUCUUUAUGGAAGACAAUUUAUCUCUUAAAAGUCGCAAAAAUUUCAGAUAAACAAAUAUCAGAGUUUAACUAUAAAUUAUUACAUAAACUUUUGAAUAAUAAUCUGAAUGUUAGCAAAUGGAAUCCAAAUAUACAAAAAUAUUGUGAAAACUGCGGUGAAAUUGAAAACAUAGAACACCUUAUAUAUGCCUGCAGAUCGUCUAAAAGAAUAUGGAAAAGGAUUAAUAAUGUACUAAAUCUUGAUAUUUCUUGGAAACAUAUCGUCAUAGGCUUUUAUAAUGAAACAAAUCUAUCAGAGGCUCUUAAUAUUUUUAUUUCUUUCAUUGCACUGAAGAUUUAUAAAUAUAAAAUGAAAUGUAGACUAACUGAAACCUCUUGUAACAGUGAAAAUUUAUAUCUCUCUGUGAAACGGGCUUUAAAUACAUAUCAAUACAUUGCAGAAAAAUCGUAUUCAAAUGUAUGUAUUAAAAAUAUAUUUAAGAAAGUUUGUACAACUUUUGAUACUUCUUGAUUUGAAUUUUGUAUAUGAGAGGCCCGAUGUGGAGGGAGACGGCUCCUUCACAUUUUGUUUACCUGGAAGCAAUUGGACUCUUUGUGUAUGUGGUAGUGUGCCUUUCAGCGCAUGCGUCUUGGAAGCCGGCAAAGUGCACGAGGAUCUCAAGAUGGCGGCUGACAGGGGCUUGGAACAUGAACCAAGGAGGCAAAGGAAAUCAGAAUCCCAAUCACAGGGAAGUGUAAACGGCGAUGAGAUGGAGGAACCUGAUUUUAGUGAUCCAGAGGGUUUUGUGGAUGAUAUAUCAGACGAAGAAUUGCUGGGAGAUCUGCUGAAGACAAAGCCUAAGGAGUCUGAUGGCAUUGAUAACAUUGUAAUAGUUGAUAAUGUUCCACAAGUUGGUCCUGACAGACAAGACAAGCUCAAAAAUGUUAUUAAAAAGAUCUUUGAGAAGUUUGGCAAAAUCAACAGGGAAUGCUUUCCCGUCUCUGUCGAGAAAACAAAGGGAUUUGUAUUUUUGGAGUAUACUUCACCUCUCCAUGCCAGUGAAGCUGUGAAGAUGGCAAAUGGAUAUAAACUAGACAAACAACAUACACUACAAGUGAACAUCUUCUCUGAUUUUGACAAGUUUGAAAAGAUUCCUGAGAAGUGGGAGGUACCAAAGCCCAAACCUUACCAUGAUGUAGGAAACUUGCGUUACUUCCAACAAGAUCCUGAUUGUUAUGACCAGUUUAGCGUUAUAUAUGAUGGAGGAGAAAGGACAGCCAUAUUUAAGAACACUGCUAGGGAACCUGUUGUUAUUGAAGAAAGAGCGAGAUGGACUGAGACGUACAUCCGUUGGUCUCCACAAGGUACCUACUUGGCCACAUUUCACGCUAAGGGUAUAGCCCUGUGGGGAGGUGAAAAGUUUGAACAGAUCAUGAGAUUUAGCCAUCCCGGUGUCCAGCUGAUUGACUUUUCCCCCUGUGAGCGUUAUAUGGUGACCUUCAGUCCUAUUCUAUCCAGUCAGGAAGACCAACAACAGAUUAUUAUCUGGGACAUUAGGACAGGAAUGAAGAAGAGAGGAUUUCACUGUGAGACCCAGUCCACGUGGCCAAUACUCAAAUGGAGUCAUGAUGGUAGUUACUUCGGAAGGAUUACUCCAGAUACCCUCAGUGUUUAUGAAACCCCGUCAAUGGGACUGCUGGAGAAGAAAAGUUUGAAAAUUACUGGACUGAGGGAUUUCUCCUGGUCCCCCUCGGACAACAUUAUAGCCUACUGGGUGCCAGAACAGCAGAAUGUACCAGCCAGAGUAACCCUCAUCCAGAUGCCUAGCCGGCAGGAACUCUGCAUCAAAAAUCUCUUCAGUGUGGCCGAUUGUAAGAUGCACUGGCAGAAGAAUGGAGAUUAUCUGUGCGUCAAGGUUGAUCGUUACUCCAAGGCCAAGAAGAUAGAGGAGAAAGAUCAGUAUAAAUAUAGUGGAUUGUAUUACAAUUUUGAGCUGUUCCGAAUAAGAGAAAAACAAAUUCCAGUGGAUAAAGUGGAGGUGAAAGAAAAUGUGAUUGCUUUUGCCUGGGAACCUGUUGGUAGUCGUUUUGCAUUUAUACAUGGGGAAUCUCCGAGGAUUUCUGUUUCAUUCUACCAGAUAAGGCCAGGGAAAGUGGAAACUAUUAAAACUUUGGAGAGAAGACAAGCCAAUCACCUAUUCUGGAGUCCUACUGGGCAGUUUGUUGUUCUAGCAGGAUUGCGCAAUAUGAAUGGGGUGCUGGAGUUUGUCGAUGCUUCUGACGUGACUGUGAUGGCUCAGACAGAGCAUUUCAUGGCAACAGAUGUAGAAUGGGACGCUACAGGACGAUAUGUUGUGUCUGCCGUCAGUUGGUGGGGACACAAGGUUGACAAUGGAUACUGGAUAUGGUCUUUCCAAGGACGUUUGCUGCAGAAGAUUCAGCUGGAACGAUUCUGUCAGUUACUAUGGAGACCACGUCCUCCCACCCUUUUGACUGCUGAGCAAAUCCGAGCCAUUAAAAAGAAUAUGAAGAAAUACACAGAACAGUUCGAAGCCAUGGACAGAUUGAGACAAUCCAACGUUUCUACGGAACUUCUUGAGAAGAGAAGCGAGAUGAUGAAUGAUUACAAACGCUUCCGAGAACGGGCCAGUGCAGAGUGGGACAGGAUGAAGUUUAGGAGGUUGGAACUCAGAGGAGGUAUAGACACGGACACCUUGGAGGAUGAGGAGAAUGAUGAGGAAAUUGUAGAAUUCUUGUUGAAAGUUGAAGAACUCGUGGUGGAGGAGUAAAAUUGGGAAAGAUCACCGAUUUUUAAUUGCCGUCAGCCUACAUACAGUCAUCUUGAGAAAGUUGGGAGAAGUGCCGUAUUACUGAAUAUCUGAUUUUACAUAUAAUUGUCCAGAACCUAUAUUAGAAAUUAAGAAUUGUUGCCCACUGUUUUCAAUGAUGGUGAGUUUUACUUGUAAAUAUUUUUAUGAUUACCCAGUACUGCCUGUUUAUGUAUUACUUGAGUUAUAUUUAGUGAUUUGUAUGCAUUUUUUCGUCCCACUUUCUAUUUUAUUUGGACAUUUUUCUGGAUAUUUUCCUAUUCCUUAUCGGUUAUUUUUAGAGAUGUGUAGUAUUUAUUCCAAAUUGCACUGGUUUUGUAUGUUGCUGUAUGAUCUGUCUAGUAUUUAUCUCAAUAAAACAUGGUUUACAAUGAG